AACCUGUUUAAACAAUUUCUGUGGUUAGUGGUCUCUGCUUUCACGGAUCUGACACCAUUUUUAGCUUCUGAGAGCAGCCCUUUUGUGCCUGCCUCGUGAUCAACCAUGUUUUCACGUUUGCUGCUCAAAAUUUGAAGAUGGCGGCUAAACCCAUGUUUUACACCGUCAGGAAGCACUGGAAAAAAUCCAUAUUUGCUGGGUGUGUUUCACUUUAUGGAUCUUAUUACGCAUGUGGACGUUUUAGGGAGUAUCUUGUUCGGCGGGAGAUUUGUGCUGAAGCAAGAAAGAUUGGAGAGGAGCCCAUAGAGGCACUUCAAAAACCACGACGUAUGCUCGUAUUCUUAAACCCACAAGCAAGUAAUGGUGACGCUGUGAAGUUGUACGAGCGAAAUGUUGCACCAAUAUUGCAUUUAGCUGCAAUCGAUGUAACACUUAUAAAAACUGAUUAUGAAGGACAUGCAAAAAGUAUUAUGGGAUACAUAGACCCGACAAUAGAUGGCAUUAUUGUGGCUGGGGGAGAUGGUACUCUAAUGGAGGUAGUCACUGGACUUGUUCGCCUGCAAAACGAGGAAACAAUAUCAAAAAUCCCACUGGGGGUAAUUCCAUUGGGAAAAACAAAUGGUUUCUUCAAGAGUUUUCACAAUAAUGGACCACAGAAUGCAAGAAUUCUUGGAAAUGCAACCAUGGCUGUUAUUAAAGGAGAAACAAAGUUGGUUGAUGUAAUGGAAAUAUCAACACAAGGUGCCCGACCUACAUAUGCCUUAUCAGGCUUAUGUUGGGGGGUUUUUCAAGAAGUUAAAGUGAAGAUAGAUGCAAAGAAACAUUGGUGGGCUGGACCGUGGAAAAAACAAAUGGCAUUUAUCUUAAGAACUGUUAAAAACUGGCCUAGCAAUUAUAUUGCAUCACUUACUACAAGUAAUGAUAAUACUUCAGGAUUAAAUCAGGUCUACAUAGCUGCACAAAGUGAAGGAGAAAGAAGUAAAGUGGAUGAAAGCCUCGAUGCGUAUACCCAAAGAAGCUCUAUAAGUGAAAAGGAUGGUACUUCAGUUCAAGAAAAUGGAAUCUUUAUUGAUAGUCCCUUGCAAACAAUGACUGGUCUGCAAUUGCAGAUCAAUAAUGCAACCAAAGAACCAUCAAUCAAAAUGCAAAUUUGGGACAAUAAUUUAUCAAGAGCUGACUUCAUAGCUGAUGGUAUAAAAUGGAUUAAAAAUGACUAUAAUAUUAUCGAGUCUAAGAAUUGUAAGACGAUCCAGACAGAUCAGUUAAAACUUUGCCCUUCAAUGAAUGAUGUAACAUGGUACCACAUAGAUGGAGAAGACUUUGAAGCUAAAACUGUUGAAGUAAACAUUUUUAGAAAUAAGUUAAGGUUUUUUCAUUGACUUGAAUGAAAUUGAAAUGCUUUAUUCUUAUUAUUGUUGCAUUAGCAGAGUUGUUGUGACAUAGAAAUAGAUCAUUUUUAUAAGCUGCUCAGAAAUUAUUGUUUAAAAGAUGGGAUGAAAAAAAUCAUUUCUGAUGAUAAGGUACCUGCCACAAAGUUCGGCGUAAUCCAAGUGUUAGCGCAAUCUGAAAGUGAUCUUGAUUUUUUAUACCCAAAAAAUGCGCAAUGCUGAAAGUGAGCUCCCACCAAAAAUAACGUUCUAAAAUAUAUUUCUAUUGUAACUCAUAGAUUUGCAAAAGAAAGAAAUGAAACUCAUUAAAAACCUUUAGCAUCUUGUAAAUGCCUUUAUCAAUAAAAAUUGUACAACAAAGCAAGAAAGAUGGUAUAAUUAACAGGCCCAUCAGAGCUGGGGGGGGGGGGGGCUGGACCCCCCAAUAAUUUUUAAAUUGUAGUAUGUUUCCUUUAUAGCAGUGUAUUGAAUGAAAAGGAAUUCAAUGGGCAGCCCCCCAAUAUGAAUUUCGUUCCAACAGCACUGAUUAACAAUCCUUUUCAAUGAUGCAAUACUAACAUUUUAUGCAAAGAAAGAAAUUAAGAAAGAAUUAUGAAAAGGUUUAAGUAAUCUUAAUGUUGCAAUGUUUAAAGAUGGCCAGAAUUAAUAAAGCAAAGCACUACCGAAGUACUGUUCGUCUGAUGCUUUUCAAAGUGCAAUCGUUGGAUAAUUACCAAAAAUAAGCAGAAAAUUAUAUCCAGGUGUAAAUCGACGGUAACAUGAGAGGAAGAAUAUGACGGUAAAACAUGAGAGGAAAAAUACGACGGUAAAAUGUGUUUGAUCAACUCUUCUGUUGUAAUAUGUACAAUACAAUAGCCUCAACACUUCAGGUGUCGCAAGUCAGCAUCCCAAACAAAUACAGAUCAAGAAACAUCUUUGAUUGUCUAAAUCCCAUUUGCAUGUGGAAAACUGCAUUAGUUGAAAAUUAAAAUAUUCUCCUGCACUCCUCAUUGUACCCUAUAAACAGACGCAAUCUCAUUUGUCAAAUUUCAGAAAUUCCUGGUUUACACAUUGUGCUAUUCCUGGCUAGGUUUUGCUUGGUGAUUAUCAAGCCCCUAGCCAGGCCUGUGGAGCAGGGGUGGCAAACACCCUAAACCUGUUGCAAAUUGCCAUGGCAAUCUAAUGAAAAUGACGAAAAACCCCAUUAAAAAAUUGGAGACAAAAUUCUCAGGGUGACAAACAACUGGUAUUCUCUUGCUUCAGGGUGGCAUUGCCACCCCUUGGCUACGAGUCUGUGGUUUAUGGUGAAAGUUUGCGCAAUCAACUCGCAGUUUUUUAACAUUCAUAAAAAGCCCGAUCCAGAAUUAAGUUUAACAGAUUCUUUGCAAACGCAUAAGAUCAUUUUCAAAAGAGAAAAGAAAGUGUCCAAUCGACGCAUAAACAAUUUGAUGCCUUUUUCGCCACGUUUAUAAUUCAUUUCUCUAAUGUGAACCAAGUAAAAAAGGGGAAACAAAUUGGCACAAUUUUUAACAACGUUUCAUCUCAAAACAAGGAUUUUAGCAAUAUUUCGGUGCUUUUUUCGGUGAAUAUUCAAACACGAAUAAAGGUUGUUUCACUCACUUUUUUGGCAAAUGAGGCCUGAACCCCUCCCUAGAGUGCAAUAGGGCUGUUAACACCACCCUUUUAAUUUAAGACCAAAUUAAGAACAAUCCAGGCACAGAUUUUCGAAAAAAAUUAAGAAUAGCCAAUCUGAACUUAAUUGACUGGUUCUUAUAAAAAAUGUAGCUUUAUAUUUUACGAUGCUAAAUCACAUGUAACGAAUGGC